UAAAAGAGCAAAUGAAUGUGAAAAAUAGUUUCAUUUUGGUAUUUGUUUUUUACAUAUCAGUUUUGUUUUUCUCCCGUGUUUCAUUGGUACUAGAAAUUCCGAGUGGCUUUGAAGGUAACCUUUCCCCUCUCAGCAGUGUCGCGCGCCUUGACAGUUAGCUUACUGGUGAGAAAUGUCGGUUAGCAGAGCUAGCCAAUCCUCGAACACAUCAACGGCGUAUCCAGACAUUUCUGAACAGCAAACCACCCAGUUACACGUUCAAAAUGGUUCUAGACAACGACCAUUUCAUGACUCUUCUGAAAGGAAAACGCAUCAAGCUGACUCUGAAGACUUCAUCGUACUUUGGCGUCGUCCAACAUAUCAAUCCAAACAAGACGUUGGUUUUGGCAGACGUUUGUGGCAGUAACGGAUGCAAAUAUCCAGGAACUAAACUCUUCUUUGGACAUGAGAUUCUGAACGUUGAAUUCGCCAACGAAGAAAACGAUGACGGAAAAAAUAGCCCUGAUGUGUCUGAGGAGCAGCUGGAUGUGGAGAGGUUUCAGCCUUACAAGAAGAUAAUGACAUUAGAUGAUGGUGAAGAUGAAGAGGAGUGCAUAAACUUUGUGGUCAUUGAUGAGAUCCAUGAGAAGUUUGGACCUGCCGUGAUGCACAUCAAGAAGCAGCAUGUGAUCGGUGUGGGAGGUGAAGGAGUUGAUAUCUUAAAAAAUGGACGAUUGUGUUGGUUGCAGAUUGCCACCAAAAACAAGGUGUACUUGUUUGAUAUCCUGCUGCUCGGAACGCUGGCGUUUAAAAACGGUCUCUCCAUGAUCCUCGAAAGUAAGCAGAUACUGAAGGUCAUUCACGACUGUAGAGCCAUUGCUGGAAGUCUGAUCUCUCAGUUUGGGGUGAAACUAACCAAUGUAUUUGACACACAGGUGGCAGAUGUCAUGUGCUUCUACUCGAAGACGGGAGGUUUCCUGCCCGACAGAGUCAGCACUCUCCCAGAGGUAGUGAGUCUCCAUCUGAAUGUGCCCACCUCCAGGCUCUCAUCUUUUCAUGUGAGGUCACAGCUCACCAAGGAAGAAAUGGAGAUAUGGUACAAGCGACCUUGCCUUCUACCCCUGCUAAAGAUGAUGGCUUUAUCUGUGAUACAUCUGAAGGCUCUCAGACUGGUGCUGCUGGACACACUGAUGACUGACUACAUGGUUCUGGUGGAUUCGUAUCUCAGCAGUAGCCUCUAUGAACCCGACGGACUGGAGCAUGUCACUAUGGACAGUGUUUUGGAGUUGCCUAAGGAGCUCAAGCAGCUGGAUGAAAUGCGUAGCGAGCGGCGGGAGUGUGCUUGUAAACACUACCCUGUCACAGAGCGAGGCCUGCUGGCUCGCUUCAGUCCGUAUCCUAAGUCAGAAACCAUACCUGCUGCAGAUGGCCACAGCAGUAAGUCUGACUCCUUGGAAGUUGGAGUUCCAGCACCACAUCCAUUGCCAAAAAUCGUCCCUCCUGAUAUUCAGCAAACCCUGCGGCGUUUAAGUGUCACAAGUGUCUCUUCUCUGGAUGCCUCUGGUAGCCCUCAGAAUGAAAUAUCUACAAACUGCAAUCAGGUGCAAGUGGAUGUGAUGGGUAGAGGAAGGCAUUUUGGGAAUGAGCCGUCAGCUGUUCCAAGCUUCCCAUCAAUUGGAAGAGGGUUCCUACUCCAGAGACCACAACCUCUGAUUCCAGGAGAGGGUGCUGGCAGACAUGAAAAGGCCAGCUAGGCAGUAGAUGGCUCUAGGAGCUACUGUACACUCAGCAAAGAAGCAAAGCCCCAACCUGGCUGCAAUGAUGAUGUGCUACCCAAAAACACCGGUGGUGUGAAGAUAUCCUACUCCAACUAACCCACCCAUCUCCUCACUAAUUCAAUCAUUCCGCUCUUUCAGAAAUCAAAAAAGUGUCAGCCUAUAAAACCAAAGCUUGGAUACACUGGAUGUUUCAUGCAUUGUAAUUGUUGUGACCAGUAGAUGGCAGUAAAUGUUGUUCUUCUGCAAACUUUCCAUGUCAGCCAUUGUGAGAACUAAUUUAGUUAGGCAAAAAAAGAAAUUUUAGCUUUAUGGUUCACUUGAAAUACGUAUUCCUUUCUGUUCUUUUUAGUUUUUGUGUUCUACUACUUUUCAUGUAAUUAAAUGGUUAUUGAAUUCUGAACGUUUCUGAUACCAACAAAUAGCAGUUGUAAAUGCUUUUAAAAGCUGCCUGUUAUCAUGCAAUUUUUCUUUUGAUGUUGAAUGUUAUGGCCUUUGAAAGAAACUUGAACCAAUGGGGAUAAGUAUUCUAAGCUUUGUGUGUUUUAGUGCCAGCAAGUUGGCUUCUGUUGCUGAAGGAAAAACAUGCAUUGAUGCAUGUAUUAAUUAAGCAAAAACAUUGUUGGUUGACACUUCUGUAAAUACUAAUGACUUAAAAUAAAAAUAAAAAACACUGAUCCAGCCUG